AUGGGAACACAAUCGCAGAAAAAGAAGUCAGCAUAUGAUUUUUUCAGAAGUCAUCCAGCUGGUGAUUCUCACUUGAAGGACGAACAUCCUGCUAAAUUUCCUCAAUUGGAACUCAAGGACGCAACAAAAUCAUCCAAGAAACCACAUUAUAUAAAUGUUGAGGGGCUUAGUGAUUUGUAUGCUCUAAACAAUAUUUCUAAGGAUGUAUCAAAGACCUUGCUUGUUUGGUUUCAGAUGCGUUUGCUAUUAUCCAGGUCUGAUGCUUUGCCUGAAACAAACCAGGGGAUUAAAGAGGCUUCAAUAGCAUGGAAGGACUUAUUAUACAAAAUUAAGGAAGACAAAGCUGCUCAACUCACCAAUUUUGACAAAACAGAGGAUAAGAACUGUCCUCACUCUGUAAGCACAGUUGAUGUGACAACAUCAAGAGGUGAAACGAUUCUUGAUAUCCCUUGUGGUCUAGUUGAGGAUUCUUCCAUUACAGUGCUUGGCAUUCCAGAUGGGCACAACAGAAGCUUUCAGAUUGAACUUCUAGGUUUGCAACUUCCAGCAGAGCCAAAUCCUCCUAUUAUCUUGCAUUACAAUGUGAGCCUACCUGGAGACAAUAUGACAGAGGAGCCAUUUGUUGUUCAGAAUACAUGGACUAAAGAACAUGGCUGGGGAAAAGAGGAAAGAUGUCCUAGUCAUAGAUCUGCUGACAUCCCAAAAGUUGAUGGACUUGUUCUUUGCAAUGAAAAAGUUGUCAGAAGCACCAUGGAAGAAAAUGUAAAUGCGAGUCCUCCUGUUGGUGAUGUAUCAGCCACUGUUUCCCAAGGAAUUGCCCAUGAAAGAGCCAAUUUUCCAUUUGUUGAAGGAAAUACUUUCACAGCUACAUUAUGGGCUGGUUUGGAGGGACUCCAUAUGACAGUAAAUGGAAGGCAUGAAACAUCUUUUGCUUACAGGGAGAAGCUUGAACCAUGGUCAGUAAGUGAGGUCAAAGUGACAGGCGGUGUGGACGUCUUAUCUGCCUUGGCAAGAGGGUUGCCUGUAUCUGAAGAUAAUGACUUAGUUGUUGAUGUUGAGCACCUAAAAGCUCCUCUGGUAACAAGAAAGAGACUUGUAAUGUUGAUCGGGAUUUUCUCCACUGGAAAUAAUUUUGAGCGUCGCAUGGCACUGAGGAGGUCUUGGAUGCAAUAUGAGGCUAUACGUUCAGGGGAUGUUGCUGUCCGAUUUUUCAUUGGCCUUCACAAGAACAGUCAAGUCAAUCUUGAGCUGUGGAAAGAAGCCCUAGUAUAUGGAGAUAUCCAGUUGAUGCCUUUUAUAGAUUAUUACAGCCUGAUAAGUUUGAAAACGAUUGCAAUCUGCAUUACGGGGGCCAAAAUUCUCCCUGCUAAAUACAUAAUGAAAACAGAUGAUGAUGCUUUUGUUAGGAUUGAUCAAGUACUCACAAGCCUCAAGGAAAAGCCAUCAAAUGGUCUCUUGUAUGGUCGCAUAUCCUUUGAUUCAUCACCUCACAGGGAUAGAGACAGCAAAUGGUAUAUCAGUAAUGAGGAAUGGCCCCAUGGAACAUAUCCACCAUGGGCUCAUGGCCCUGGUUAUGUUAUUUCUCGGGACAUUGCAAAAUUCAUUGUUCGAGGCCACCAGGAAAAAGAUCUCAAGGGCCAUGGAGCUAUUUGGCAGCUUUUUAAUUACCUUUCGGCUAUUUGUCAGCUUUUUAAAUUAGAAGAUGUUGCGAUGGGCAUAUGGAUUGAGCAAUUCAAGAAAAGUGGUCAAGAAGUGCAUUACAUGACAGAUGACAGGUUUUACAAUGCUGGAUGUGAAACAGAUUAUAUUCUUGCACAUUAUCAAAGCCCAAGGUUAGUAUUAUGUCUUUGGGAGAAGCUGCAGAAGGAGCACCAGCCAGCCUGCUGUGAGUAA